GCAACAAUGGCCAAACAAAGCCUUACCCUAAUCACUGUCUUCAUAUCCUUGUUUUCUUUAUCUUCCCCAUCCCCUUCAAGCAAUAUUUUCCCUAACACCAUUGAUUUCUGGUGCAACAAAACACCACAUCCUCAAACAUGCAAGCAUUUUGCCUUGAUAAAUCGUGAGCCUCGUCAAGAUGAUAUCCCUAAAACGGCAUUUCAGUUCAAGAACCUCAUUCUCAGAAUUGCAAUGCAGCAAUCAGUGGAAGCCCAGAUUCAGAUCAUGUGGUUGGGAACCAAAUGCAGAAGCAAGCAAGAAAAAACAGCAUGGUCAAACUGCAUAACCCUCUACCAAGACACCAUCAACCUUCUCAACCAAGCACUUAACCCUACCAAACAAAGCUCAACCUAUGAUCUCCAAACAUGGCUCAGCACAGCCCUAACCAACAUCGACACGUGCCAAACAGGGUUCCACGAGCUCCGAGUUGUCAACAACGUUCUACCCUUCAUUCCCAACAAGAACAUCUCAGAGAUCAUAAGUGACUUUUUGGCUCUCAACAAUGCUUCUUCUUUCAUUCCUCCAAAGACUCACAAAAAUGGCUUCCCCACAUGGUUAUCUCCGAAUGACAGGAAGCUUUUGGAGUCGCCACCAUCGUUUAUACCAGAUGUUGUUGUGGCCAAAGAUGGUUCUGGGAACUUUGAGACCAUCAGAGAAGCUUUGAAAGUAGUCCCCAAGAUGAGCCAGAAGAGGUUUGUGAUAUAUGUGAAACGUGGGGUUUACAAUGAAAACAUUGAGAUUGAGAAUUCCAUGAAGAAUGUUAUGCUGUAUGGUGAUGGUAUAAAGCUCACCAUCAUUUCUGGUAGCCGAAGUGUCGGAGGAGGUUUCACCACUUUUGAUUCGGCAACCGUCGCGAUCAGAGGAGAUGGGUUCAUUGGACGUGGCAUCACAUUUCGCAACAGUGCAGGUCCAGAGAAGCACCAAGCAGUGGCGGUGCGUUGUGGUGGUGACUUCUCAGUGUUCUAUCGGUGUGGGUUUGAAGGGUACCAAGACACUCUGUAUGUGCACUCUCAGAGACAGUUCUACAGAGAUUGCUACAUCUAUGGCACCGUGGAUUUCAUCUUUGGCAACGCUGCUGUGGUUUUUCAAUCCUGCAACAUUUACGCAAGAAGACCAAUGCAAAAACAGAAAAACGUCAUAACAGCACAAGGUAGAACAGAUCCAAAUCAGAACACUGGGAUCUGCAUUCAGAAUUCACGUGUUAUGGCUGCUCAAGACCUAGCCCCUGUGUUGAGUUCCUUCAAGACCUUCUUGGGAAGGCCAUGGAGGGAGUAUUCAAGGACAGUGUUCCUGCAAACUUACCUUGAUGAAUUGAUUGAGCCUGCAGGGUGGUUGGAGUGGAAAGACGAUUUUGCCCUUGAGACUUUGUACUAUGGAGAGUUCAAGAACCUUGGCCCUAGGGCUUCCACAAGAGACAGAGUGAAAUGGCGUGGCUUCCAUGCCAUAACAAGUGCAACCGAAGCUUCCAAAUUCACAGUUGAGAAUUUUAUUGGUGGAAGAUCAUGGUUACCAGACACAGGCAUUCCAUUUUUCUAA